AUGGUUACUAUGAAUCAAGUGGUAGAGUUGAUUCAUCUAGCUCCUCCCGGACAACUCAAGGAGGUGUUUGAUGAUCUGAGUAUCAUAGUAGACGACAAAGAACAUUUCCCGGACCUUCUCAAAGAUGAGUUACAAAGAUUUAAUCGUCAACAAUUCGCAGUGGUCCAACAUGAACCAUUUCAAGAUGUACCGGUCCAUACUUCGAUCAUCUCCGAGGGCUCAGAAGACCGGGAACAUCGAUACGUCGAUUAUGAAACGGAGAGAAGUUUCAUCCUGGAUGAUACCACACUGAACCCUGUGGAGUAUGCUCCAUAUAACAUUGCUGAGGGAUCUAGGUCACUUCGGAAAGAACUGGAGAAAUCGCUCAAAGCCUAUGUAAAAGACUCUUAUCCUACUGGCCACUGUCAGGUCUCUGUCAGCGCAAUCAAUCCACAGGCAUUGGUCCUCGAGGCGAAGGAUUCCCUGGAUCAAGUCCGGACAAAUUCGGAGGGACUUGAUGAGGGGUUGAACAAAGAGGGAAUCGAACAGACUAUCCCUCCUCCAGUUCAGACUGCUGCUCCCCAAGGACAAGUAGGAUCCUUCUUCACCCUCGAAAUCGUCGCCGAGUUGAAUAACAAAGCGAACUUUUGGACGGGCAAAUGGCAGAGCGAAUGGAAAGUCGACCCCACAAUACGAUCCGUGACUGGUCGAAUGAACGUCGAUGUGCAUUAUUUUGAACAAACCAAUGUUCGUCUACAAUCGAGACAUUCCAUCCAAUUUGAAUUCCCUCUUCGACUGAAAGACGACCGAUCAAUAGCUUCUUACAUCGUGACGCGUGUUGCCAAUAUAGAACAGAACUACCACCAACAACUCUUCAAAACCAUAUGUACCCUUGAUCAGGAUUCUCUGAAGAGACUGAGAAGAGUUCUGCCUGCUUCAGGCAGUAAGAUCGAUUGGGAUCAAGUACAAUCGGACAUAUAUAACGAUACGACUUUAGAAAAGAACGUGUCGCAAAUUGACAUUUCUCCUGCUUACGUGUAUGAACCCAUAAUGACUCAAAAGAUUCACGUCCAGUAG